AUUGCUGCUUUGAGCAAUACCUAAAGAAUGACAUAAUGUCAUUAGAAUCAACCUGACAUUUAAGACAUUAGAAAAUACUAUGAAAUCUGGAGAUGACCGACUUCAGAAACACUAUCUAACGUAUGAAUCUUACCUCAGAAGAUGCAAAAAGGAUUUUGAGUCCAAAAUUCAAGAAAAGAUUGAUCAAUCCACGUCGUUCGAAGAUUUCAAACCGAUGAAGAUUCUGGGUACCGGUUCGUUUGGGAAAGUGGUGUUGUGCCAAUACAAAGAUGAAGAAGACCUGUAUGCGAUGAAAAUUAUGGAAAAAGUUAAUAUUGUGAGGACUAAGCAAGUUAUACAUACAAUUUCCGAGGUUAAGUUUUUAGACGCUUUCAAAUUUCCUUUUAUAAUAAAUUUACAGUACUUUUUUAAGAAUAACGUCUACAUCUUUAUCGUCAUGCCUUUCAUUAACGGCGGGGAAAUGUUCUACCACCUAAGAUCUACCAAGAAAUUCGACGAAACUCUCUCGAAAUUCUACGCAGCUCAGGUUACGUUAGCCUUUGAAUACAUGCAUCAUAUGGGCGUUGUCUACAGAGACCUCAAGCCAGAAAAUAUUUUGAUAGACUCGACAGGGUAUUUGAAGAUCACUGAUUUAGGGUUUUGCAAGAAGAUCGACAGUCAGAGGACAUAUACGUUGUGUGGUACUCCCGAAUAUUUAGCACCUGAAAUCAUUCUCAGUCAAGGAUACAAUUUUUCCGUGGACUGGUGGUCUCUGGGUGUGUUAAUAUACGAAAUGUGUGCAGGAUUUCCUCCGUUUUAUGCCAAGGAUCACAUGAAACUCUAUGAGAGAAUCGUUACUGGAAAGUUCACCUGUCCGCCCCACUUUUCUAGGGCAGUCAAAGAUUUGGUCAUCAAUAUUUUACAAGUUGACCGGAGUAAAAGGUUUGGCGUGAUGAAGGGCGGUUCGAGAGACAUUAAAGGCCACGAAUGGUUCAAAACUGUUGACUUCGAUCAGAUAUUUGCAAGAAAAUACAAACCUCUCUUUAUUCCUCCUGUACAAGGUCAAGGGGAUACCAAGUUCUUCGACGAAUACGGAGAAAUGAAGCUCCGUGAAGGCUCCUUCAAUGAAUACGAAGAAGAAUUUAAGUCGUUCACACUUAGGUGAUUCUUUUGUUUUUAUUUUUUCCGUAUACAUUAUUUUUUGUACAUAAGGCUACUAUUAUUAUUUCUUAUGAAAAAUAUAAGUUUUAAUUGAGUUU